UUUUUACAGUUCGUCCAAAGUCUUGAUCUCGAACUUGGUGAGCUCUGCGGAAAGCUCGGUAUCACAAGGAGUCAGAACGACUGUGAGCAGUGGAUGUCCAGGAGUCACAAACCUCUUCAGGUAGAGAUCAUACACGCGUCGCAGGUCGGCACUCUUCACUGCGCUGAUGUGUGCUCUUCUCCAAACAGUGUACUGGCUUGCCGACGCAAAGCCCAGAAGAUUGCUACUAAUGCAAUAGUCUGUCAGCCAGUACGGCGAGCACUGCAAAGACGCGUUUCCACAUACCAUCUCUGACUUGGCCAUAGCAAUCUCGAACUCGGUGACAUACUUGUCCCAGUGCUCGCCAACACC